AUGCCAGGCGCUCUUCCCACAACCGAAGACCUGGUCGACGUGCUCAUUGUCGGAGCUGGUCCGGCGGGCCUCAUGCUGGCUAACUGGCUAAGUCGGACCGGAAUCAGUACUCGCAUUGUCGAUAAGCGUGGCACUAAGGUCUUCAACGGCCAGGCGGAUGGCCUGCAAUGCCGCACCCUGGAGAUCUUCGACUCGUUUGACUUUGCCCAUCGGGUCUGGCGCGAGUCUAACCACAUGCUCGAGAUCUGUCUCUGGAACCCUGAUGAGAACGGACAGAUCCACCGCUCUGACCGUAUCCCCGAUACUAUCCCAGGCAUCAGUCGUUUUCAGCAGGUCGUGCUGCAUCAGGGUCGGAUUGAACGGUUUUUCCUCGAUUCGAUCAAAAAGUACAGUAACAUACGCGUUGAGCGCGGUGUGCUGCCCACGGCCUUUGACUUUGAUGAGAGUAAAGCCGCCGACUUCAAUGACUACCCUAUUGCCGUCACUCUCCGCACCCUUUCCGAGGAGGAAGCCAUGCCUCGGCAGCAGUAUCAGCACCAGAAGACGGCAGAUGGACAGUCUAUCGUCAGCGAUGGACUGUUUCGUAGCAAUUUAGCUGCUGAUGAUACCGAUGACCUUGUCCGCGCAGCAGAGACCAAUGCCCGUACAGAUCAGGUUCAGUCUGUCAAAGCCAAGUUUCUCGUCGGCUGUGACGGUGCACACUCGUGGGUGCGUCGGCAACUCGGCUUCAAGUUAGAAGGCGACUCGACAGACUAUAUCUGGGGCGUAUUGGAUAUCAUCCCCAUCACCGACUUUCCGGACAUUCGACAACGCUGUGCGAUCCACUCCGCCAGUGCUGGCAGCGUCAUGGUUAUCCCGCGCGAGAACAAGCUAGUCCGUCUGUAUAUCCAACUACAGGCGACAGAGAAUGCUCAAGGUGGCAACAAAGCUGACCGGUCCCGGAUUACUCCGGAGAUCAUUCUCCAAUCCGCACAGCGUAUCAUGCACCCGUACAAAUUGACCUACUCCUACUGCGACUGGUGGACAGCUUACCAGAUUGGCCAGCGAGUGGGAGACCGGUUUUCGCUGCAUGAGCGCGUAUUUUUGGCCGGUGAUGCCGUCCACACACAUUCACCAAAGGCUGGCCAAGGUAUGAAUGUCAGCAUGCAAGACACAUACAACUUGGGAUGGAAGCUUGCACAUGUAUUGAAAGGGUACAGCGACGGGUCUCUUCUGAAAACCUAUCAAUCCGAGAGAAGACGGAUUGCUCAGGAUCUCAUUGAAUUUGACCACCGAUUCUCCAGGCUAUUCUCGGGUCGGCCAGCGAAGGAUGUCAUGGAUGAAGAAGGAGUCAGCAUGGAAGAAUUCAAGAAGGCGUUUGAGAAAGGGAAUGAGUUUGCCAGCGGAAUUGCGGUCAACUACGGUGCCAGCGUGAUCGUUGCAAAGGAAGGCGACAGUGUAGAACAAGGGGACGGCACAGAUGUAAUGAUCCAGGAAUCUCGCCGGGUAAUUAGCAAGGCACAAUUGGCGACAGCAAUUCCUGUUGGUAAGCGAAUGCCCAGUGUUAAGGUGCUCAAUCAGGCGGACGCCCGGCCGUGGCAUUUGCAGGAAUUGCUGAAGAGCAAUGGCCGCUGGAGGAUAAUUGUGUUCGCCGGUCACUUAACUAUUCCGCAAAAUAUGCAGCGUAUGCAACAGCUAGGGGCUCGACUUGGGGCGUCCGAUUCGUUUAUCCAUCAUUACACGCCGGCAGGCCAACCGAUUGACAGCGUGAUCGAAGUUUUGACCGUGCAUGCCGGUCCACGUACGAGCUUGGAGCUGCUGGACUUGCCGGAGGCUUUCCACCCGUACAGUGAACAGCAGGGUUGGGACUAUUGGAAGGUAUAUGUGGAUGAUCAUUCGUACCAUGAGGGACAUGGUCAGGCUUAUCUGAAUUAUGGUAUUGAUCCUAGUCGUGGUGCUAGUGUCAUCCUUCGACCGGAUCAAUAUGUCAGCUGGGUGGGAGAGGUGGAUGAUUAUGAUGAGAUGGCACGGUUCUUCUCAGGUUUCAUGAAGCCGCAGACUGCUGGCAAAGAGGGUAAUCCUACCGUCUGA